CCAUCAUCCAACUCAUCUCAUUGCUCAGCAUCUCACACCCUGCACCCGCUCAAAUCUCUUGUUGUUCACAAUUGCGUUCUCUUACAACCCAUAUCCGACCUGCGCUCCCCUAACACUUCAUAAUGCCGCCUGCAGAGGCGGCGGGUCUCAAGAUCCCAUGCUCAAAUCCACAGAUUCUGCAGGCAGAGCUCGAUGCGCUCUCAGCCGUCCUUGACCAUCCCGAACGCGAGGAUACAUGGGAGAAGAUGGAGAAGGCCAUCAUACGCUUUGCGGGCGUCACUCGCGGAGGCGGGUACAAACAUCUCGACCUCUACGUGCGCGGCGUUGGUAACAAAGGCAUCGGCUUGCGCAUUGUCGACUGCAUGAUGUCGGACCGCGGACGUUUGUCCGGCGUAUCGACCGACCUGCUGCAAACAAUGGCACCUCGUCUCGCAUCACACUUCCUCCCCCUCGUCCAUUUAUACCUUCCUCCACUUGUGCGCCUUCUCGCUCGGCCUAACAAGGUGUUCUUUAAGCGUGCGGAGAAGGUUCUCGCCACCAUUAUCCAGCACUGUCCUCUCCCCAGCAUCCUGAUACACCUCAGCAACGGUCUGGACGAUCGCUCUGACCAGUGCAAGCGCGCAGCGGGCAUGGGCAUCGAGUCCGCGAUGGGGCAAUGGGACUCACACCGCUGGUCGGCGAAGGACCUCGACCUCCUGGAGUUGUGCGUACGCAAGAUGGCGACUGACCGCGACGCAGAGGUUCGCAAGACGGCGCGGCGUGUGUGGGCUUUGUUUUCAGAGUUGUGGCCCGAGCGUGUCGAGGACUUCACAAAUCCACUCACGCCCACUAUUCGCCGCUACCUCGAUAUCCCUGCGGAUGGUGGCCCCUCCAAGCCGAAGCCGCGUCCAGGGCUGCGACCACGGUUGCAGGCCGCUCAUGCCGAGGCCGAGUCAUCUCGCCACCAUCCGUCGGCUACACUGACACAGCCUGUAGGCGUGUCUCGCACCCGCCUCUCACAAGGUCCUGAGCCACACGUCCUCAUCUUCAAGCUUGGGGAAGUCUGA